AGACAAGGGCCCUACUCGGGCUAUUGCUUCUCCUGCGAGUUCUUGCUUCUCUCACGCGUUCUUACUUGGCAUUGGCUCACUCCAGUCGCAGGUGACUCGUUCAAGAAUAGGCUCCCACUGGUAUUCCUGAUGCCGUCAUGUAAGUUACAUUACCUCGGUCCCGGGGCUUGGAUCAAUGUCCCACAUGACUUCCCUGUUGCAAACCCUGUCCAUUAUCUGUCAUCUCCGUCAUCUCCGUCCUAUCCGUUAUUUAUCCGUCCUAUCCGUCAUCUCUUGUUUGCUCGCCUGACUGACUUGGUACCCUUGCCAUUGAAGUGACUGGUAUAUUUGAUGUGACCUAUCAAGGGACGGUAAUGGUGACGCCAAAAAUCUGUUCCGAGAUGUUCUCGUUC